AUGUCUCCCUUGGUGCAGCAAACGCGCAAGCGCAAAAGAAGCCCCAAACACCCAACCUCCAGCGCCAACGCCCCCACUUCAUCCUCGGUUCUAAAACACCCUUCCCUCCGCACAACACCAACCCACAUCUUUUUCCACGGCGGCAUCCUCUCCAACUGGCAUCCCAGCAUAUCGCCAUUCCCUGGUAAAAAUGGACUAGAAAUUUGUCUCCCCCUCCUCGACGAACUAGGCAUCGCACACCCAUCACCAGAAAGCUAUUCCACACUCUUGAUCCAUGAGUUUGGCUUCGGACGCGGAGAGCAAUGGAUGAUGGCCAUGAAGGCGUGGUUAUUUGAAUGUGAGAUGGAUGAAAGCGGGCUAAAACCGUUCCAAAAGGUAGGGAAGGCGUCUGACCAAGAGUUCCAACGGUUCCAGAGGGAUGUCCUUUCCCCAUCUGUACCUGCAACUUCCUCUUCAUUCUCUGGAACAGGACCGGGUGAAACUGUAGGGUCAGAGAAAAAAGAUGCCUGGGAUUCGCACCUCCCAUGUAUCCUCCGGACGAAUGUUCCUAGGUCGCAAAAGGCAUUAGGCAGAAAAGUACGCGGGUUCCAGCCGGAUGUGUGGAACCAGGCUUCUAUUCCGAUCAUGAUGGCAGGAUGUGUUGCGAGGGCGCAGGUGGAUCAGGAGUUAAGGGAUGUGUAUCUGGCUGCGCAGGGGAGGACCUUCGUAGAGGGCAGUCCCCGGGACCGUAUAUGGGGGGUUGGGCUGAGGUGGGAUUCGAAGGCGAUUGAGGACGAGGCUAACUGGAGGGGGGAGAAUCGGCUCGGCAGAUGUCAUGGCGAGGCGGCCAGGGUGAUGCAGGGAGUCGAUAGAGGCGGUUGA